AAUAAAUCAGCCUGAAACAUGACUUUUCUAAAUGAAAUCUAAAUAAAUAUAACGCACCAGUACGUUCUAACUUAUUUUACACAAAAAUGUCUCCUUUAAAUACCACAAGCUUAUCCCGGUUCGCGAUCAUUUUCAAAGGAGCGAAUAAAUGAUGUUUUCAAUUGAGAAAUACUUGGCUUUAUACGCGUUGUACCAAGGAACUGGCGUCUGCUUAUUCAUACAAGUCGCAUGUUCAUGUAGGAGUUGAAAUAAAGGGCCGCACACACAGCUCCGCGGCUUCUAACUUCCCCUCAGCACCCGGGAAUCCCGAUUAAACCUACUGACCGCGUGUGGCACGUGACACUAGCUCCAGGCCGGAUAUGACGCUGGGCGGAAGUAUACAGUCUGCCGGCUUGUUUUGGCUGACUCGCUUGCUGUCAUGCUGCAGCUCAAUGACUCCGAGACCAGCCCGGCAGCCACUCCUGUAGUCGCUGAAGUCCAGCUGAGCCCGGAGAGAGGCGCCUACGGGACCGCGUCGAAUUAUCCCGUGCAGUCUCUGCGCUCCCUCACUGUGCACAACCCCACACAUCAGGCCAGAAUCAAAGAGUACUUCGUAUUCCGGCCUGGAAAUCUUGAACAAGCAGUAAAUGAUAUUCGCAUGGUUGUGCUGCCAACAGAGGACGGAGAGAUUCAGAGUGUUUGGCUGCUUACAGAAGUUGAUCACUGGAACAAUGAAAAGGAACGCCUGGUUCUUAUUACUGAGCGAACGCUAUUAAUCUGUAAAUAUGACUUCAUCUGCCUCGAGUGCCAGCAAGUCAUCAGAGUAGCUCUCAAUGCUGUCGACACCAUCUCCAUAGGAGAAUUCGAGUUUCCUCCGAGGUCUCUAAACAGACGUGAAGGAAUAGGAAUUCGUAUUGUGUGGAGUACACGGCGCUUUUCUUUCAUAAACAAAUGGAAUCCUUGGACCACCAAUAUGCCCUAUGCUACAUUUAUAGAACAUCCAAUGGCACACGCAGAUGACAAGGUCAUGCCACUCUGCAAGCUGGAGGACUUUAAGACACAAUUGAUUCAAGCCGUGAAGAAAGCUCACAAGCAAAAUCCAGUUCAAGGAAAACCGAAUGGGAUGCUGGUGCUGGAGCGCCCUCUGAUGAUCGAAACUUACUUGGGACUAAUGUCUCUGAUUAACAAUGAGGCCAAACUAGGAUAUGCCAUGUCAAGAGGCAAAAUUGGAUUUUGAUCUGCAACUAGUUUUCAGCAAUGGAACAGAGUGUGCUGCACAUCAAGCUGGAAUGUUUAUUCUCUGCAUGUCAUGUUCAUGGUGUACAAGCCAAGAGAACAUUGUUUCUGCCUGAACUGUAACCUC